UUAACAAUUUCAUUCAACAACAUGCAGUCGGAGCGGUAGAAAGUGCUUCCGGGUAACUGCUUUUGGUACGUGCAUAUUCUAGUGAUCGGCAAGCAAAAGAAAACUUUCGGUUCGGUUGGCUAAAAAGAAAAGUGUCAAGUUGUCCAGCUGGGAAACUCCAAAUCCUGCAUUUGAAAAGCUGUCUUAAACCGGGACAUUAAAACUGGAAGUUCAUAUAGAUUCGUAAUUUUCAUCGCCAGUCUGAUUGAAAGAUAACACAGUCGAGAAUGUCUUCGGAUCGGUUUCACAAAGCCGCCAAAGAUGGGCUGUUGGAUGUGCUGGCUGCAGCCACCCGUAAGGAUACUAAUGCGAAGGACAGCGAUUCCAUGACGCCGGUCAUGUGGGCAGCCUUCGAAGGCCGUCUGGAUGCACUGCGUUUGCUAUGCGGCAGGGGUGGUGACCCCGACAAGUGCGAUCAGUUUGGAAACACAGCCCUGCAUUUGGCUUCUGCCAAAGGUCAUUUGCAUUGCGUCGAUUUUCUGGUUAAGUUCGGAGUUAACAUCUAUUCGCUGGACAUUGACAAGCACAGUGCUAAGGACUUAGCGGCUAUUAAUGGGAGAGACGAGAUAUUACGCUAUUUGGAUGUGGCCUUUACAAACUUCGAAACAAAUGAAAAAAAGAAAUCCAAGGCCCUGAAGGAACUGGCCGAAAAAAACUGCGAGAAACGAGUGAGAGAGUACAUGAAGCGGCAGCAGCAGCGCCAGGAUCCGGAUUAUGCCGACCUCAGCCCUCCUAGUGGUCCUUCAAAGUCUGGUAAUAUGCUGUCCACACUCAAGCAAAAGAUCUGGUCCAGUCAGGGCAACCUAAACAAGCCGCCAAGAGACUCACCUCCUCAGCCUGGUCCCACAAAGUUUAGCGAUCUGGUUGGGAGUGGUAGCAGCAGCAGUGGCGGCUCCACGAUAGCCAGUCGAGCGGGAACGGUUCAGAAGAGGCCGUCGCAGCUACAGAAACAGCAUAGCAGUACAUGUCCACACUCGAAGAUUGCCAGCGACUCAGAUGGAGGUUUCAAAGUGCGGGAACUGGAGCCGGAUGGCAAGCGGACGAUUACAUCCCUAACGGGUCUGCAGCGAGACUCCGAAGUUAUGUAUGUGGGAACCUUUAGUUCCAAUGACGAUAGCAUCGGCAAGCGGGGCAAGAUCACCGAUGUAUUCGAGUGCAUGGAGGGCGAUGAGACGGAUAACAAUGAUAACCGCAGUGGCUACAGUUCGACUUUGGCGCGUUCUUUCUCUCAACCGGAUAUUCUGGGCGAGGGUCAGUUGACCCAGGAACUAAGCGAAGAAGUGACCCUCCAGAGACCCGUGGGUCUCUUUGACAGACCCACCAUGCUAGGCAGCAUAGCCUUUCGUCGUUCCGUUACAGCUGCAUUGAGUCAGCUCCAACUGCAUACGGACACUAGUUCCACAUCCACCAUGAGAAAUGCGGGCAGUAAUCCACCGAAACCUCGAAAUGGCGGUGGGAAAGGUCGCCUAUAUUUGAACCUAUCAGAUGACACGGAUUCCGAGGGCGGUGGUCAUGAUAUUUACAGCGAUGAUGACGACGACGAUCGAGAUACCUCGGGUAGUGCAUUGCAAAGAUUUUUGGCCGUUUGGGCCCUGGAAGAAUACCUACCAGUAUUUCAGAAGCAAGAGAUCGAUUUGGAGACCCUGAUGCUGCUCACGGAGUCUGACCUCAAGUCGCUGGGACUGCCGCUGGGUCCCUUCCGUAAACUCACCUUCGCCAUCCAGGAGAGACGCAAUGCCCUGGCGAAUCCCGGUCCCCUAGUAGACAGUCGACUGUAGUACUUGGCUUAUUUAUUCUAUUUUUUCGUAAUACUUCAACAUUUUCUAUUAGCCUAGUGUACAUACUAAAUUAAAACCUAAAACUAAUCACUCUAA